AUGGAGUCUCUGAACAGUAAACGUUCCAGUAGUUUUCGCCGAGCCAUUGCGAAUGGGCGUCGCACUCUGCAGCGAGAGAUCCUAUUGGACGAGACGGGGCUGGGCGUGUACAAGCGCUUUGUGCGUUAUGUGGCCUACGAGAUUCUGCCAUGCGAGACGGACCGUCGCUGGUACUUCCACCAGAGCAGACUCUGCCCUCCACCUGUGUUCAUGGCCGUCAUCACCAUUGUACAGAUCAUGGUGUUUAUGUGCUACGGUGUGAUGCUCAAUAAAUGGGUGCUGCAAACCUACCAGCCGGACUUCAUGAAGAGUCCGCUGGUGUAUCAUCCCGGACACCGCGCUCAGAUCUGGAGGUUCUUCAGCUACAUGUUCAUGCAUGUCGGGUUAGAGCAGUUGGGUUUUAACGCUCUCCUCCAGCUGAUGAUUGGGGUUCCUCUGGAAAUGGUUCAUGGGAUUCUGAGGAUCAGCCUGCUGUAUAUGGCAGGAGUCAUCGCUGGUUCACUGACGGUCUCCAUCACAGACAUGCGGGCUCCAGUGGUCGGUGGCUCAGGCGGGGUCUACGCUCUCUGCUCGGCACAUCUCGCCAACGUGGUCAUGAACUGGGCCGGAAUGAAGUGUCCAUAUAAGCUGCUGCGGAUGAUUCUUGCACUUGUUUGCAUGAGUUCAGAAGUGGGCCGUGCCGUUUGGCUGCGCUUCUCUCCACCCUUGCCCUCCUCCGGCCCGCAGCCCAGUUUCAUGGCUCAUCUGUCGGGCGCAGUGGUGGGCAUCAGCAUGGGGCUGCUGAUCCUGCGCAGCUACGAGGAGUCUCUGCAUAAACAGUGCUCCUGGUGGGUGCUCAUCUUCUCCUUCAUCACCUUCCUCCUCUUCGCCAUCUUCUGGAACAUUUUCGCUUACGAGCUGCUCGGGGUACAGAUCCCGCCCCCUCCCUGAUGACACGCCCACGCUGGUGGAAAGCCACGCCCCUCCAAAAAAAAUCCGACCUCAGUGUAUUCCGCUCGACCAGCAGCGGAUGUAAAAAAUGGAUGUGCAAACAGGAAGAGGUGUGAAAUGAAACGAAACGCAUACUCACAUUCCAUACUGAAGAACAUAACCGGCGUGGUAUUUUUAAUGAACACUCGGAGGCAGCUCAAGGGUCCGGCGAGCUUAUUUGAACAGACCGUCAGUACAUCUUACAACACACACACACACAUACACACAUGCAUACAUAUCAGAUUUGUGUGAAUUCAGCCUGAGGCUCAUUCAUGAUGCCUUUCUGUAUUGUUUUGAUUUAACAGCCUCAUCUAAGCCUGUUAUGCGUUACAGAUACCAUCCGUAGUAGAUGAAACGCCAUCACUUCAACUAGGAAUCUCGCUGACUCAAAAAACAAAGCCUUACGAUUGAAGACACGGUCCUCUAUGAGGUAUGAGGUUGUAGCUAAUAUCACUCAACGCUGUUUGUUGAGGGAUCAGUGAACUUUUUUUUCAGUCUUAACAUGGUAAAACUUGUUUCAAAGUGAUGUUUCUUGCUUUAGUUAAGGAUUAGCUCGGUUCCAAAUCAUAGUGUGCUGUCUAUGUAGGCAGCAUGGUGUAGACAUGUAUUAUGUUGCCUUCUAAGAUAACUUAUUUUUGUCAAAUAUGCCCCAGAAUGUUUCGCAACAAGCUACAAUAUAUAGUCAUUAAUAUGAAUAAAAUAUGUAUAUAAUUUGUACAUUUAU